GAUCUCUAGGAAAUACCAGAAUUAUCAGCGAAGAAUAUGUUAAAUGGCUCAAGGGCUACUGUGAGGCAUUUUUCUAUGGCUUAACAGUGAAACUCCUAGAACCAGUCCCCGUCUCUGCAACCAGGUGUGCCUUCAGAGUCAAUGAUAGCACGGAGAACCUACAGAUACAUGCAGGGCACAUCCUGCACUUCUUGAAAAAGAAGAAACCUGAAGAUGCCUUCUGCAUUGUGGGAGUAACGAUGAUUGAUCUUUACCCCAGAGACUCCUGGAAUUUCGUCUUUGGACAGGCCUCUUUGACAGAUGGUGUGGGGAUAUUCAGCUUUGCCAGGUAUGGCGGUGACUUUUACAGCUCAAGCUACAAAGGCAAAGUGAAGGCGUCGCAGAGACAAUCUUCGCGUGACUAUUCGGUGUUUGAUAACUAUUACACUCCUGAAGUGACCAGUGUUCUGCUGCUUCGGUCCUGCAAGACUUUAACCCACGAGAUUGGACACAUAUUUGGACUUCGACACUGCCAGUGGCUGGCAUGCCUAAUGCAAGGCUCCAACCACUUGGAAGAAGCUGACCGGCGCCCCCUAGAUCUGUGUCCCAUCUGUUUACGCAAGUUGCAAUGUGCUAUUGGCUUCAACAUUGUAGAAAGAUACCAAGUAAAUUGGGGUGGGGUCGUCAGAAGGGAGAAGUGGUUAUAUAAAUAGCAAACUACGAUUUUAUAUUAGCCUUCUCUGGAGCUGUCAUUUAUCAGAGGAAAUUAGUGCAGAGAUAAGCAGGAAGCUGUGGUUAAAAAAAAAAGAGAGAGAAAUAUCCUCCUUAAAAACUUGACUUGCCUCUGAGUGCCUUACCCUUGUAGUUCAUGAGCAGUGGUGGAGGAGGUUUCUGCAUUUGCCAUUCAUUUAUGACAAGAGCCUGAAUCUUCAGAACAGAAUAAAUGUUGAUGCGUGUGCAAAGUUCCUUUUUAAAAACUAUAAAAAUGUUGAGGUGAUUCACCUUACCAAAUAUGGGACAGAGGUAUAGUCAUUACGAGGAAAAGAUGAUUUUAAGAAGGAAGAGGGAAAGUACAUAAUCUCAGUAUGUGUAAAGGUAUGUGUGUCCUCAAGUGCCCACAAACAACACUACUCAUGGUACAACUACCCAUGCAGGUAACUACAUUACAUGUCUACAUGUACCUUCAUAUGUCUACACUUAACCUAUGUGUACGCAUUCAUAUCAAAUCAAAAGCAUAGUUUAAUGCCUUGUGGGAUAUUUAGCAAGUUGAGAAAACAAUAUUCUCCCACCCUAAAAAACUGUGAGGAUUAGU